AUGUCGUCCCCUUCACCCUCUCUGCGCAAGAGAGGUGGAAAGAAGGAGGCUUACACUGCUUUGCCAUCCAAUGAUGGCUCCUUGAGGCCUGUGGCCGCUCCGGCCAAGCCUAAGUCAGAAUGGGACUAUUGGCUGGCCAUUUCCAUUCUGACCCUGUUGGCUUUCAUAACCCGCUUCUGGCGGAUCGAUUAUCCCAAUGAGGUCGUCUUCGACGAGGUUCACUUUGGAAAGUUUGCCUCAUACUACCUCCAACGCACCUAUUUCUUCGACGUUCACCCGCCCUUCGGAAAACUCUUGUUUGCCUUUGUGGGAUGGUUGAUUGGAUUCGAUGGUAGCUUUUUGUUCGAGAACAUCGGUGACUCGUACAUUGAAAACAAUGUGCCUUACCUGUCCCUUCGUGCCAUGCCAGCAACCCUCGGUGCCUUGACAAUUCCCGUGGUGUUCUUGAUUAUGUGGGAAUCCGGAUACUCUUUGCCGGCCUGCGUGCUGGCUGCCGGUCUGAUGGUGUUCGACAAUGCCCACGUUGGUGAGGACCGCCUGAUCCUCCUGGAUUCUACUUUGGUCAUCACCAUGGCGCUUAGUAUCUUGUGCUAUGUCCGGUUCUACAAGCUACGACACCAGCCAUUUGGUCGCAAGUGGUGGAAGUGGUUGCUUUUGACCGGUUUCUGUAUGAGCUGUGUCAUCUCGACCAAAUACGUGGGUGUCUUCACUUUCGUCACUAUUGGUGCGGCAGUCGCAAUCGACCUUUGGAAUCUAUUGGAUAUCAACCGACGCGAUGGUGCUCUUGAUAUGGUCACAUGGAUCAAGCACCUUGUUGCUCGUGGAGUGGGCCUGGUUAUCAUCCCCUUCUUCUUCUACCUAUUCUGGUUCCAGGUCCACUUUACCAUCCUCAACCGCUCCGGCCCUGGCGAUGAGUUCAUGUCCCCUGAGUUCCAAGAGACCCUCAGUGACAAUGCGAUGACUGCCCAGUCGGUUGGCAUUGAAUACUUUGACCAAAUCAGUAUGCGCCACAAGGACACCAAGGUUCUGCUUCACAGCCACUGGGAGAAGUAUCCUCUUCGCUAUGACGAUGGCCGCAUCUCCAGUCAAGGUCAGCAGGUGACUGGAUACCCUCACAACGAUACCAACAACCUGUGGGAGGUUCUGCCAACCGUUCCCCUGGCCGAAGGCAAGUCCAAGAGUGUGCGAAAUGGAGACGUGAUCCAGCUCCGCCAUGUUGGCACUGACUCGUACCUUCUGACACACGAUGUUGCAUCUCCAUACUUCCCUACCAACCAGGAGUUCACCACCAUUUCGCAGGAGCUGGCCACUGGCGAGCGUCACAACGAUACACUGUUUGAGCUCAAGAUCGAGAAUGGCAAGCCCUUCCAGGAAUUUCGCACUUAUUCAAGCUUGAUCAAGCUCAUUCACGUACCCACUCGCGUGGCCAUGUGGACCCACACCACUCCUCUUCCUGAGUGGGGAUUCAAGCAGGCUGAGAUCAACGGAAACAAGAACAUCCUCCAGUCCAGCAACAUCUGGUAUGCGGAGACCAUUGAAGGCAUCGAGGAGGGUAGCCCUCGUUUGAAUAAAGAGGAGCGCCAGGUUAAGUCGCUUUCCUUCUUGCGAAAGUACUUUGAGUUGCAGGGUGCUAUGUUCCACCACAACAAUGCACUGACUAGCAGUCACCCCUAUGCCACCGAGCCCUUCCAGUGGCCUUUCCUGCUGCGCGGUGUGAGCUUCUGGACUAAAAAUGAAACCCGGGGACAGAUCUACUUCUUGGGUAACCCCAUCGGAUGGUGGAUUGCCAGCAGUUUGCUGGCUGUAUUUGCCGGCAUUGUCGGAGCGGAUCAGCUUUCGCUUCGCCGUGGUAUUGACGCAUUGGAGGAAAUUUGGGGUCCUGGCACUCGUUCCCGCCUGUACAACAGCACCGGAUUCCUGUUCCUGUGCUGGGCUGCCCACUACUUCCCCUUCUGGUUGAUGGGUCGUCAGCGUUUCCUGCACCACUACCUGCCGUCCCACCUCGCCUCGACCAUGGUGACCGGUGCGCUUGUCGAGUUCAUCUUCAACGUGUCGCCACUCGACCCAGCCACUGCCGCACCCCCUGCGGAUGAUCCCUCCGGUAAGGCUAAGGGCCGGGUCAGCCGCAAUGUCCGCCGCUUCGUGACAGCCAAGGAGCGCAUGGGCCUUAACUCGGUGCUUGCCGCAUGGGCCGCGACCAUUGUCAUUCUCGCAGCCACCAUCGGUGGCUUCAUCUUUUAUGCGCCUCUGACCUAUGGCACUCCUGGCCUGGAUGUCGCAGGCGUUAACGCCCGCAAGUGGCUGAACUACGAUCUCCACUUUGCCAAAUAA